AUGAGUGAAGAGAAAGACCCCAUCCGGUACCAGCCCGGAAAAGGCGGAGGUUUCGAGCGCACUGAGGCCCAGUUCCGCAACUUCAUCGCGAAUGAUGCCAACGCCAAAUUCGCAGCUGAGAAGGGUCGCUAUGCUCUCUACGUCAGCCCCGGGUGUCCUUGGUGCCACCGCGUCAUGAUCGUUCGGGCCCUCAAACGCCUCGAGGACGUCGUAGACCUCUACGUCGCAGAUAUGGGCAUGGGCAAAGAAGGUUGGCACUUCACAGAUAGCCCCGAGGCAGCGAAAUUCGGCGUUCUUCCGCGCGACCCCGUCUACGGCUUCAUGACGAUCAAGGAGCUCUACCUCAAAGCAAGUCCCGGCUACGAUGGCCGUGUCACGGUGCCUGUCCUCUGGGAUAAGAAGUUGCAUACUCUCGUCAGCAACGAGUCUAGCGAGAUUAUCCGUAUGCUCUACACCGAGUUCGAUCACCUCCUUCCCGAGGUGGACCGCGAGGAGAGUCGACCCGGCGGCGGCCUGUACCCUAAGGAGAAGCGUAAGGAAAUUGAUGAGAUCAAUGAGUGGGUGUAUCACACGAUCAACAACGGUGUUUACAAAAGUGGUUUUGCGUUCACGCAGUCCGCUUACGAGGAGAACGUCGACGCCUUGUUUAAAUCUCUAGAUCGUCUGGAGGAUAUUCUCGAGGACCGGCCUUUCCUGACCGGCGAUCACAUUACUGAGGCUGAUGUCCGCCUGUUUCCAACGAUUGCCCGGUUUGACAUUGCAUAUGUCCCGAUUUUUAUGUGUAAUUUGGGCACGAUCCGGAACGAUUACCCGAAUCUGCACCUUUGGUUCAGGAGGUUAUACUGGGACCAGAGUGAGAGGACGCACGGCGCGUUCUUCAGUACGACGGAUACGUGGGUGUCGAGGUUCAAGGAGGGAUAUGGCGGUGCUAGGACGAGGGUCUUGGGAAUUACCGGGCCCCUUAUAAUUCCAAAGGGCCCUCGCGUUUUGGUUCACGAGCUCAAGGAGGAGGAAAGGCUUAAGUGA